UUCUAAUACCAACAAUACCCUCAGUGACAAAAUCCCUAAUUUUUCCUCUUCCUUCGUCUUCCUUUUCUCCAUCUCUGCAUCUUUCUCUCCGAUUUCAAUGGCAUUUCGACGGAAAUUGGGAAUCUCUUAAUAGAUUGGCUGUGACUCAAGGAGAGGAAUAGUUACAACACACAGUUGUUCACGUUAAUCUUUCAAAUGAAUGAACUUUUGAAGAAUCCAAUAUUUGCAACACAUGCAGUUGUUGCUGCAGGAUCUGCUACGUUAGCCACUGCUAUCAGUUACCCUCUCGAUAGCCUUAAGGUCCUUGUACAGGUGGGAUCAGGUAGCAGUAAACAACUCACUGGUGUUGAUGUCCUCAAUCGGGUUAGAACUUUGUCAGGAAGUUCAGGCUUGUAUAGUGGUCUUGGGUGGUUGACACUUGGAAGAUCAGUGGGUUUGGGAGCUCGCUUUGGCGUUUAUGAAAUAUUAACAGCUUUUUACAAAGAUGGUCGAGACGACAGGUAUGUCUAUGCCUCUGAGGCACUGUUGGCAGGAAUUGCUUCUGGAGCAGUGGAAUCACUAGUAAGUUCUCCAUUUGAACUUAUUAAACUCCGUGCUCAGGUUACUUCUGCCUCCCGAAUUCCCAGUUCCACGUCAGUUGUCGAAAAGUCCGUUGUUUCGCCUUUAAUGGCAAAGUUGCUACCGGGAUAUUCCCGGGACGCUAGGGCAUUGAACAACACAGGUUGUCUUUUGAGCACUCUGCCCACCAAACAUCCCAAUUUGGUUACUGCCCUGAAAGAUUAUCCAUGGAUGAUGACAGGGUCUGGUAGACCCCCAUCUGUUUCUGAUGUUAAGAGGCCGUUAGAGAUCAUAUCUUUGGAAGGAUGGGGUGCUUUGUGGAGAGGUAUGAGAUCUGGACUUGCUCGAGAUUGUGUGUUUGGUGGUGUAUUCUUUUCAACGUGGCAAUUCCUGCAUCAAGCAAUGAUUGAAUGGAAAGCAGUUGGGAUGAAUCCCCCACCUAGAUCCGAUGAAGAAGUUGGUCCAUUGUCUCCUUUAGCUGUUAGCCUUGCAGCUGGAUUCUCUGGUUCAGUUGCUGCUGCUGCUUCUCAUUGUUUUGAUACUGCCAAAUCUCGUUCACAGUGCAUUGUGCUGCCCAAGUUUGUAUCCAUGGAGAGGAGGUUUCUCAAAUGGCAACUGCCGGGGAAGAGAUUUGAGAGAUGGACUGGGAUCCAUCCUGCAGAUAGGAAUAUCUUAUUUCGUGGCUUGGGAUUGCGGAUGGCACGGAGUGGAAUUGCGUCCUUUGUGGUUGUAGGUGGUUAUCUUUUUGCAAUUGACAGACUGCUCCCUAAGUGAAGGUAACAAGACCGCGGAGGACUUGAGGAACUAAGCAAAUCGAAAUAUUAUUAGAAAGAAACACAUUUUUUUCUCUAGAACCAGCUUGGAGACGACUAUCACACAAUAAUGUUGGUUAAAUGUUUGCUUUGUCUUUGGCAGUCACUAUUUAGAUAUUUUGUAGUUUGUACAAUUUGGCUGUUAAAGAUGUGAAUAACUAGUAAUAAAGUGAAGCGUUGCUUCUCAUAUGAUUUUAACAAUGUAAACGAUUUAUAGUACCAUUUUGUAGUUUUACGAUAGUGUUGACUUAGUAACUUUGAUCUAAGGGAUUAGUGUGUGGGAUGCAUAAACAUUGUAAGCAUACCAUUAAUAUUUC